AUGCUCAACCGGAAAAUUUCGCCUCCACCAUUCUCAGCUGUAACCGCCGAGAAGAAAAAAGUUUCCAGGACCCUUGUUUUUCGGCUCUUCUUCCAAACCUCUGCCCUGACCCUGCUUCAGCCACAACCAUUGAUCCUUUACCUCCACGCUUCCCACUUACAACCCAUCCCCCAUCCCUCACACAUUGAGGAUCAUUCAUACAAGAUGAGGCAGCGACGAGCCAAGAUUUACCGCAAGAUGCUCCACGCAUACUCGCUCCAAUUCGGUUUCCGCGAGCCCUACCAACUCCUCAUCGACGACACCUUCUCGCUCGCCCUCACUCGCUACAAGAUCUCCAACCCGCUUCAACAGUUCGGCAACGUCCUCCAGUCCAAGAAGAUCAAACCCCUCAUCACUCAGUGCUGCAUGCAGGCACUCUACGCGCUCGGCAAAGAAGCACAAUCCACCGUCGACAUGGCAAAGCAAUGGGAACGUAGGAUGUGCAAUCAUCGAGAAGCCAUCGACCCACAGCGUUGCAUCAAAGAAUGCGUUGGCGAGAACAACAAGCACAGGUACAUGGUAGCAAGCGAACAGGGAGAGCUCAGAAGGGAUCUGAGGCUGGCAGUGGUGGGUGUGCCGAUGAUGCAUUUUACGCAAGCCGUUAUGGUACUGGAACCAAUGAGCCCGCUGACAAAGAGCAAGAUCGAUGAGCGGGAGGACGAGAAGCUGAGCCUGCCAGCUAGCGAAGCUGGGCUGUUGAAGAACCAGCCCAAGGUGGAAGUGGACAUCGUUGGUGCUGACGAGGAUGCGGAAGACGGCGAGAAGGCUGAGGGAGCGGAGGGCGAGGCUAAGGAGGAGAGUAGCUCAAGGAGGAGGAAGCGAAAAGCACCAAACCCGCUGUCGGUCCGAAAGUCCAAGAACCCCAAGCUCAGCAUGGAGGACAAGCUGAAACGAGAACAAGAGCUCAAAAAGCAGAAACAGCGAGCGGCUGCACGAGCUAGGUUCGAAGCGACAAAGCCAAGCGCUGAGAAAGGCGAGGGUUCUCCGACCGCUGAUGGAGCGAGGAGGAAACGCAGACGACAGAACGGAAACAAGAGCGGCACCGUAGAAGCCUCUGAAAGUACAAAGGAGAGCCCAGCGGCGAAGGAGGAGAACAAGGCGCAAAGCGAAGAACAAGCUACCGGUGGCGGAGCGAACGGAGAAUCGAAGAAUAGGAGGAAGCGCGGCAGGUCGUCCAACGCCGCGAACGGUGCCAAGCCAGAUAAACCGUCAUCCGAGCCCAUCUCGGCGUGA